UUGCAAGGUAAGAACGGCAGGCCUCUGUACGAGACUCGAUUCCAGGACCUCAAUCCUUCGCCAUCCGAAACCAGAGGACUUUAAGUCGAUACCUACAUGGGUCGGACAUGCCCAGGGUUAUCUGAGAGGCCUCUUGGACGCCUUAUUUCUUUCGACUGGGUUGACGGCGGGGAGCAAAGAGGAUGGCAGGUGAAAAAGCUGAGAAGCCCAGUACUAAAGAGGAGAAACCUAAAGCCAAGAAGGCUGAUGCCACUGGCACGGUUAAAAAUGUGAAGACGGCUAAAAAAUCCAAGAAGGGGCAGCCCCACUGCAGCCGAAACCCUGUCCUGGUUAGAGGAAUUGGUAGAUACUCCCGAUCUGCUAUGUAUUCCAGAAAGGCUUUGUACAAGAGGAAGUACUCGGCUGCUAAAUCCAAGGUUGAGAAGAAAAAGAAGGAGAAGGUUCUUGCUACUAUCACAAAACCAGUUGGUGGUGACAAAAAUGGCGGUACCCGGGUGGUUAAGCUUCGCAAAAUGCCUAGGUAUUACCCUACUGAAGAUGUGCCCCGAAAGCUGUUGAGCCACGGCAAAAAGCCCUUCAGUCAGCACGUGAGGAAACUUCGAGCUAGCAUCACUCCCGGCACCGUCUUGAUCAUCCUCACUGGGCGCCACCGAGGCAAGAGAGUGGUUUUCCUGAAGCAGCUGGCCAGUGGCUUGCUACUUGUGACUGGUCCUCUUAACCUUAAUCGAGUUCCUCUGCGUAGAACACACCAGAAGUUUGUCAUUGCCACCUCCACCAAAAUUGAUAUCAGCAACGUGAAAAUCCCCAAACACCUCACUGAUGCUUACUUCAAAAAGAAGAAGCUGCGGAGGCCCAGACACCAGGAGGGUGAGAUCUUCGACACCGAGAAAGAGAGAUACCAGAUUUCAGAGCAGCGCAAGGUGGAUCAGAGAGUGGUGGACUCGCAGAUUUUACCAAAAAUCAAAGCUGUUCCUCAGCUCAGGGGCUACAUCCGAUCCCUUUUUGCUCUGACAAAUGGAAUGUACCCUCACAAAUUGGUGUUCUGAAUUUCUAAGAACCAAAUUAAAUAACUGCCAGGUUG